AUGGGCCCCACGGGACGCGCGUCCAUGAACGGCCUCCAGCCGUACUUUGAGCACGACAUCGCCCUCAACCUCGCGGGCCACCGCCAUCUGCACGGGUACCGUCCCCGUCGCCGCGAGGGGUACUCGCGCAAGCGCAAGCUCACGCAGGAGGAGGUGGACGACCUGUUCCCGCUGAAGACGUACGCCAAGUGGCUCAACGGCGGCCAGGAGGACGUCAUCAACAGGAACGAGGGCGUUCUGGUGUACGAGGAGGACGCGGGCCAUGGGGACACCGCGCAGGAGCAGGACGACUUCCACGACGCAAUGUCGUCGCCGCCGGAGGAGGUCGAUCUCGCCGACCAGAGCAAAACAGACAACAUCGAGCUCAGCGAGACCGUUCCUGCUACAGCCUCGUCCGCCGACGCCGCACAGGACCUCCACUUCACCUCCGGCAUGUGCGCGAUCUGUCUCGACAACCUGCUGGACGACGACGAGGUCCGCGGGCUGAUCUGCGGUCACGUGUUCCACGCCGACUGCACCCGCUCGCGCCACACCGCCGAGGCCCAGGGCGACCGCAGUCUCGACAGCAUCUUCAACGACGCGGAGUCCGUGAGCGACCUGUUCUUCCCGCGUUCCACCAAGUUCAAGGCACAGACGCUGCUGGCGUCGCUGCAGCUCGUGCGCAACGGCGAGUACGCGAGCGAGGGCCCGACGUCGGCCGCCACGGCGCCGCCCACCGGCCCGGUCGAGGAGGCGACCCCAAUGCACAACAGCGACUUCGACCGGCCGCCCAUGCCGGAGCUGCGCUCGCUGCAGUCGUCCAUCAUGGAGAUCGUCAACGAGAGACCGUUCCACCCGGACGACCUGCGCGACAUCGACACGCUCGCGUUCCAGACGGUCAACGACAAGUUCACGCUGCUGUCGGCGGUCUUCUGGCGCAUCAUGGGCAUCCGCAAAGAGGAUCUGUACUACCACUACGUGCUGGUGUUCUACGAGCGCAACCGCAGCGCACGGCUCAGCUCGCGGCCCGGUGGCGAGCCCGAGCAGAUGGUGUGA